CUCUGUCUCUAUUUUAGUGUCACUGCGUGUCUGCUGGAUACCUUAAGCAGAUGAUGGUCCUAAGCUCAUCAAGGUGCCAUUUUUAAGGAGCCCAAGCAGACUGCAGAUAUGUUUUCCAAAGUUAACACUACACACUGCAUUUUGGAAGGGCCAUUGCUUGGCCAUUGUGGUGUGUCAACCACAGCCAUAAAUGCCAUACGUUUCAUUGCUGUCAGAUGCGCAGAUGAAAGAAACAUCCACUGUGUCUUUGAGAUGGAUACUCCGAGUAGGGGUCAAGGUGUAGGACAUGUACGGUUAGCUCAGACAAUUGAUGAAAAGGUUAACUUGAGAACCACAAAUCCCAUACAGGGGGAACAGCUACUGCUGUGGUAUAAUGGACAGAAAUCUAGGAUGGUGGAUCUUCAAGGGCUCGGAUCAACAUCUGUCUCCCAUGGAAAGGACUGCCUGUCAACAAAAUGCAUGUUACGAAGUACCAACUUCCACUGCUUAGCUUGUGAUAUGGAGAGAGAGAAAGUAGAACAAGCAGGAGAAGGCUUCAAGACUGCAGGAAAAAGUAAUUCUUGCCUGGAUGGACCACAUAGAAGACAGGAAGACUUGACAAGUGAUGUAGCUGACUGCAAAACAACAGUGAGAAAGUUAGAGCAACCUGAAUUGUCAGGGAAGGAUAAGAGUGCAUUUACAGAGAUAUAUAAACAACAAAACACUUUAGCUAUAGGUAAGGACAGUAACUCAGGGAUUAGUGCUUUCUCACCUGUACCUGCCAGAUAUGGAUAUAAAAUAAAGUCACUUACUAGCCCAUGUGAAAUCCCUGAAAGGGAACAUAUGAAUUUAUAUAAUAUUGGGGAUAAUUUAGUCGUAGGAACCCACUGCCAUAAUAGAUUCUGCACUCACUGCAAUUUCUCAUUCUCCAAAUGUCCAGUGAAUGCCUCCACUACAGAAACACAGCCUAAAUCCAGGGAAGCUACACAGUUGCUUCCACCUACCUUUACUCCCUUAGGGGCUACAGCACAGAACUUGUGUGCAAAGUGCAAGCUAUCUUUUAGAAUGACCUCUGACCUUGUACUCCACAUGCGGUCACGCCACAAGAAGGGAAUAACAGGUGAACCGCAACACAAGAGAAGGAGAGAGUUGCCGAUUUCCUGUCCUGUCUGUUAUGCUUAUUUUAAAGAACGUCACCACCUUUCUCGUCAUAUGACUUCUCACUGCUGAGCUAAUCACAUUUGUUUAUAGGAUCCUGUUAAGGUUAUUUUAACGAAUGGCAUAAGAAUACUUCCAUUUAAAUGGGACCCUCUAGUGCAACUAAAAAAUAGGGACCUCUCUAAUGCAAUUGUAUCUAUUUGCUCAUCUGAGCACUUUUACAAUUUACAUGAAUAAUUAUUUUCAAUUAGUUAGAAGUCAAACACCUUUAGUAUAAUGAAUAUGUAUCAUAAGCAACAUCUGCUGUUCUGCCCAAGGGUAGGCUGGACAGUACUUCAGAAGUUUAUGUUACUGAUGCAUAAAGCACCUCCUGAUUCUUCUCUGCCAAGUUCUAUUGCUCAGUGUUGUUCUAUUGCUCAGUGUCCCAGGAGUGUUGAAACUGGGUAGACCAUAUUGAUCUUCCUUUAAAACACUGUUUUAUAUAAAUAAAUCCUUUUUGUGAAAAAUA